AUGCGCGUUAAAACGCUGAGGCAGAUAAAGAAUCAACGGGGACACCGGAAUAACCAGCAUAAUCAUCCGCCACACCACCACCACAGCCAUGGUGUCGCCGCCGUUGCUGCCAUUGAUGCGCGGUUCUUGUCCCCCGAGCGACUGAACGCGAUCGUGAACUGCAUGAAUCCGCCGUACAGGAUGCCGCCACAGCCGCUCGGUGCUUACGGUAUGCAGCAACAGCAACAGCAGCAGCAUGACCAUCCCCACCACCACCCCAGCAUACCGGGCACGGCCUCGACGGAGGUGCACGUCCUCAGCCCGCCCCUGCGCACACAUUCGUCCAAGUUUCCGAUCGAACGAGAACUUAUACUGUCGUCCAACAAAAACUCCUCCAAGAUCCCGCUGAUGCAGGACAACCGUAACACGAGCAUUCCGGCCCUACUGAACCGCUCGUCGACGUCCGCCAUCGGGCCGGAUCUGCCGGUGAAGCAAACGCAGGCAUGGAAUCAGCCCCAGAUGGAGGUGAUGCACCCGGGCAUGUCCGGUUCGAUGCCUCGCACGAUCGUGCGCUUUCCCGAGGACGUGACGGCGCUGGCGGCGGACCGAGAGGCGUCCGGUCGGGAAAAGGACACGGUGAAGAAGUCGGUCACCAAGACGUACCACACGCUCAAGGACCUCAUCUCGUCGAAGUUCAAAAAGGAAGGCCACGAUCAGGGCGACGAACUGAAUAACGUCACCUCGAUGCUACACGGCCACGGCCAAUCGAACGUGGCUGACCUCCAGGGCCACCAGCAGUUGCAUGCACUCGCUGCUGCUGCUGGUGGUGGUGGCAAUCAGAGCGGAUCGUACCUGUACAGUUCGGCGUCGGACAACAACUUGCUGCAGGCCCAGUCGAACCUGAGCGUCGGAUGGCCUUCGGCGAGCCCGAGCCACUCGCCGCUGUACUACCACAAAAAGUUUGCCGAUCCGGCCGACAGCUACGGUGACGUCGGUGGCCCCGUAAAUGGGCUGCGUGGCUCGAAGGCACUUUCGCAACCACAGCUCAACGCCGUUGCCGAGCAAAGCGGGGCGGCGAGCCGAUCGAACGUGAUCAGUAUGAUGCCGGGGGCACCGGUGGACGGGACCGACAGUGACGACGGUGGCUUUCGACAGCACAGCAGCCGGGGCCACAACCUGUCCCUGCCGAACGGCCAGCAGCAGGUCGGACGGUCAGCUCAGCAGCCUUCUUACGUGCAGAACUACCGUCACAAUCACACCCAGCAGCAGCACCAGCACCAGUAUCAGCAGGCCAAACAGGGUAGCUCGGGAGUUCAGUCGUUCAACACGCACACCACCGUGCUGGUUGGGGAGCAGUCGAUCCACCAACAUCAUCACGAGCACGGGGGCAUGCAGAAACACACCAUCUCGGUGGACAUCAACAACGUUUCGUCGGCGGACACACACCACCGGCACCACCAUCAGCAGCAGCAGGACGGUGGCUACGAGCCGGGAAACUACGACAAAAACGGUAACCACUCGUCGAACGUGGACUCCGGUCGGGGUAGCUCUUCGAUGGCCACCGCAACCGGUGAGGCGCUGAUGGACAAGGGCAAGAGCAAGUCCGACAACGAAUGGAUCGAUGUCGUGGACGUGGAGCUGCGGAACAUUCUCGAGCCGGGCAUGAAGUCGAUGAACAUACGGCCCGAAAGCACCCUGUCGGAGAGUGCGUCCUCGAUGUCACCCCCGUUGCCACCGCUGUCGCCGCACGACGGCUACAACAACCAGCACUCGAGUCAAGCCAACAACAGCAACCAGCACCAACAAAGCAAACCCGAGCGUCCGAGCGCCGGAAAGCAGCAGAAACAGGAGUACGGUAUGGACACGUACAAUCGGGCCAGCAAAAACCCGCAACCGAUCGGGCCGUCGAAAGGGCAACCAUCACCGAACACGAUCCAGAACUACAUGAACCACCUGAAGCUGUCCAGCAACAAGAAGCACGAACAGAAUGCCCUCAAAAAGCACCUAUUUGGACUGGACACGGACGCGGCGUCUGUUACCAACACGACCCGAUCGCUCGAUCUGGAGUCCCUGCUCGGCGGGCCCUGGGAUGGAGCACAGUCGGUGUCGGAGUCGGAAACUGAUGGCGGUGGCCUGCAGCAGAUUCGCAACCAGCUUGAGGGACUCGAAUCGAUGUACACCGAGGUGCUGAAGAUGCUGGGUAACCGGAUGGCCACGAACGAGUCGGCAUUGCGCUCCGCGAACCGAAGCCGCCGCCGGCACGGUAGCAUGUCCUCGCUGCCGUCCAGUUCGAUCAGUGGCCGACCGAUCCGUGAUCGGCGCCGGAUCGACGAGCGGCGGAAGGUGCGUGACAUCAAGGGCAUCAACAAGCGCUUCCAGCGGCUCGAGUCACACGUGGUUACGCUGGCCCGCAGCGUAGCGCACCUGUCGUCAGAGAUGCGCUCCCAGCACCUGGUGUCGCAGGAGCUCGAGGAACUGCGCAACGAUCUGGCGCUGCUGCGCUCGCAAUCGAUGCACAACCUGCCGCUGCAUGCGAGCGGGACGGUCGGUAACGUGAGCGGCAAUGCCCGGGAACCGAUCAACCUGACCAACCCGAAGCGGGUCAAGAAGCUGACCAAAUUCUUUGGCGAAGAUCCGCCGCUUAUGAAGCUGUUCCUCAAGAAGCUUGGCUACGAGAAAUAUGCGUCUAUCUUCGAGAGCGAGCGUGUCGGAAUGAUUGAGCUGCCGUACCUCGGCGAGGAGCGCCUCCAGAAGAUGGGCAUACCGUUGGGGCCCCGGCUGCGGAUUCUGCAGGAAGCGCAAAUUUCACUCUGCCGCGAUACGACUCUGUGCAUCGUCUGAUGCCCGGGAACCGUGAGAUCUAUCGAUUAAGUGAGCCAAAGAAAUAGAAUGCCGACCGUUCGCCUUUGGCGGGCGGAAAAAGUAGAGGUGUGUGUGUGUUUCCACGAAAAUUCCGCCCCGGCCCCCCGGGUUUUCGUGGAACAUACAUUCGCGAACAGGAGACAUAACCCCGUGACCCCCCACAUUCCAUGUCGUCGUCCACCGGGCA